CCGGAAACAAGCGGCUGCUGGUGUCACACAGAAUUCAGUCCCCCGUGUCUGUCACCGGUUUUCGCUCCGUCAAGAUGGCCAGUGCGGUGUGUGCCAGAUUCCUGCUUCAGAGAACAACACAGGGGUUUCUCUUCUCCUCCAGGGCAGUGCCCGCUUUCUCAAGCCCAUUUCUGUCUCGUGCACAUCGAUUAGGUCCUAGUGAUGAUGAAUUGUACCAGCGCACCACCGUGUCCGUCAUGCAGAAGGAGCAGGGCAGCGGGGUCAUGAUCCUCAGCUACAGUCCUCAAGGAUUCAACAUUGACGGCAACAGAGUGUUUGGGCCCUGCGCUGUGCUGCCUCCUGCUAUCCUCCAGUGGAACGUUGGCACUUAUAAAGACAUCACUGAAGAAAGCAUCUCACUUUUCCACAUGCUUGAACCAAGAAUAGAAAUUCUUGUGCUGGGCACAGGCGCACGUCUUGAACGAAUCAACCCCUCAGUUCUCGCUUUGCUCAAGAAGAAAGGGAUUGCUGUGGAGGUGCAAGACACGCCAAAUGCAUGUGCAACCUUCAACUUCCUGACGAGUGAGCGGAGACUGGCAGCCGCCGGUCUGAUUCCUCCACCCAUCAGCACGGCACUGGAGGUGCAGGAAUAAGUGUUGUGAUGGCAACAGAAACUUGGCUGAUUUCUGCAGCUGGAGGUCAGCACUUUAGGAACAAUCAGUGGGAUGUGUUUCCAAAGGAACAAACAGCUCAGAUCAGCUGCCAUCAACUGAUUUAUUUGGCGAUGAACGGUCAAAUGUGUAGGAUUUAAGAGGACUCUACUGGCAAUUGAAUAUUACAUUCAUCAUCUUCCACAUAGUCUGUGAUGUAGCAGCCAUGUUUCUAUAGUAGCCCAGAACAGACAAACCAAACACUGGCUCCAGAGAGGGACUUUUUAAGUGGCCACUGUAAGGGAGGGUGAGCGAGGGGUGUUCAGUUGGUUGGCAAUCUGCUACCUCACCACUAAAUGCCAUAAAGUCCUACACAUUGGACCUUUAAGGUGUUUCCCAGUCAGCCAAGCAGGGAGCUGAUGAUGAACUUGUUAUGUUGGGUUUUAUGUCAAUUCAGGAGGCACAUGAUGAAUGUGCUCAUGUGAAUAAAGUGGGGACACUCAUGAUGGAUAAUAAAGUAAAGUGUAACAGUAUUCUUUUGAAUAAAAUAUGUAUUUGAAACCUUUACAUUCAACAAACAAUAACUGUCAUGAAUUUGAUUUGUUUUUGUGUGUUGCGUAGAUGUAUAAUAAUAUAAUGUUAUUUAUUUUAAAAGACAUCUGUGCAGCAGAUAAAAGUUAUCUGUAAAUUAAAAAAAAAGUAAGAAUU